GGCAUCGCCCCCGCCCCGCUGCCGAGCCUGCGCCGGGCCCAAAGUUUGAGGGGCGACCGCGGAGAGGGCGAGCCGCGUGGCCCUCGCGGAGUGGGGGGCGGCCAGGGCCGGCCUGAGUCCCCAUCGUCCUGAGCCAGCCGGGUUGAGGACGAUGGGACUGCAGGCAUCUAGCGCCAGGUUGGCAGAGGAUGCGGGGAGAGGAAGCGGGCGAGGGAGAGCUGAGACCCUGAUGGGGAAGGAAAGGGGAGAGGCGGAGAUCCGGGGAGGGGUUCUCGGCCCAGGCUAGCCCAACCUGUUAAAGUUGCUUAAAAUGGAAUCGGUCGUGGGUUAGGGGUCAUGGUGUCCCCCCAUAAUAGGGCUUCUGCAUGUUCUGUGCACGCAGCCCAUUUGGGUUGUCUAGGGCACCGAGAGAAUUCGAUCUCUGCCAGCUGUGCUGCCUUGCCUUGCCAGGCUAGGCAAGCAGGUGCCCUCCAGGUGGUGCAGCCCACGGCCUCCAUGGCCUUUGGUGAGGUUGCUGCUUCUUGGGGUUGGUAGGCUCUGAUGAUCAGACAUCUGGAGGAGCCCAGCAGGCCUGGCCUGGCCUGGCCUGGCCUGGCCUGGCCUGGCCUGGCAGAAGGAACUCCGCUCAACAGCUGGAGGCGGCUCCUCUCUGCCCUCGUGCCCAAGAGAUGUUGUGCUGGUGAGAGAUUCUCCAAAAGCAAAGUGUUGAAAUGCUGCGCAUCUGGAGGGAACAGAUUGCCCUAGGCUGGUUGGCCUGAAAACCAGGAAAAGGGGGCCAUCUGUAACCACCCAGAAGACCCAGCCGGUGAGGGACGCUGGGAAUUGUAGGUGAACGACAUCUGGAAGCCCAAAGGCUGCCCGCUCUGAUUCUCAGUGAACUGGCCUCCUGCUGACAGCUUCCUACAGGAGAGACCCAGAAUGGAUGCAUUGAAAGGGGUCUCCAAGGCCAUCUAGUCCAACCCCAUGUACAGUGCAGGAAACUGCUAAACCGUCCCUGACAGAUGGGCAGCGAGCCCUAAUUUUAGAAGGGGAACCCGCCCGUGUCCUAGGCCGAUGAUUCACUGCUUAAUGGCUCUUCCCACAAGAAAUUCCUUCUCAUAUCCCAUUGGAAUCGCCUUUCUUUGCGUUUCAAGCCAUGGCACGGAACGAUCACACUUUGGAUGUGGGACGGUCCUUGUUCAAUCCCUGGCAUUUUCAGACCGACAUGAAAAAUCAGUGCCACGCAGUGGGUCCAAGUCCUGGGUUCCUUUUCAAGCGGUCCUUUAUUCAGAAUCCUGAGGACUGGAAAGUCCAAUUGGUGCUAUUUUGACAUUUUCUUAUAUUUGUAAUUUGACAGCUCAGGGCCAGAAUUUGGGGGUUGGUGGGAGGGCUUCACGGAUGGUAAAAUGGUGUGUGUGUGGGGGACAUGCACUGGGUCCCUGCAGGGCAGGGGGUGGGAUAGAUAAUCUCCAAGUUCCGUUCCAACCUUCCAUUCCGUGAUUGCGCAUGGCCCAGAAUUAUGUCUACCAGCUUGCACUAAACUGGGUUGGGAAAGGAAUGACUCAGUGCACACAACGACCCUAACAGGAUGACUGAAUUAAUCCGUUUUCGAGGUUUGUAUAAUGCCCUGAACCUGAACGAGCCAAAGAGGCUGGCUUGGGACAACAGGUUGUCCCAAGGGUGUAAUCCAACACACCCACCCUAACUGAGAUGAAAACAAACUAACCGUGUGCGUGCAGUCUUGUUCGACUGACCAGGGUUAAGUGUAACGUCUGAACUUCUUUGGAUUCACUCUUUUCCUCCUCUCCCUUUCUUUCUUCCAAGGGAUUCCUGGCAGCAGUGCCCCCCACAUCACCAUGGUGAAGAUCUUUGUUGGGGGGCUUUCUCCCGUGGUCACGGCCGAAGAGCUGCGGAAGCUGUUCGAGCAGUACGGGCAGGUGAAUGAGUGCGACAUUCUGAAGAAUUUUGCCUUCGUCCACAUGGAGAAGGAGGAUGAGGCCCACCAGGCCAUCAGCACCUUGCACAAGAGCGAGUUCUACGGGGCCCACUUGACGGUGGAGUACGCCACCUCCAAGAUCCGCAACGCCACCAAGAUCUACGUGGGGAACGUCUCGGCCAAAGCCACCACCGCCCAGAUCCGCCAGCUCUUCGAGCGGUUCGGCAAAGUGGUGGAAUGCGACAUCGUCAAGAACUUCGCCUUUGUCCACAUGGCCAAGGAGCGGGAAGCCAUGGACGCCAUCUUGAAUCUCAAUGACACCCCCCUGGAGGAUCAGAAAAUUUUUGUGACCCUUUCCAAGAGUAACAGUUCCCUCCGGGCCACGAAGGGGGCCUCCGUGCCCACCCCGCCCACCCCGACCCCCAGCUACUACUUCUCCAGGGGCCGCGUGCCCCCUCCACCAGCCACCUAUUCGCCCUACUGUCCUCGAGCGUGGUACGACCGGGAGUACUGCGACCAGUACACGUACGAGCUCUACGACCGCGCGCGAGCAGCUUAUGACCGACUGUUUCUGGAAGAAGCCAGGGGAUUUCGGAUGCCCCCCAUCCUCCAAGCAGGCAGAGCUGAUCCGAAGCAACGCAGCGCCUUUUGUUCUGCUGACAAGAACUCAGAAGGUUCUCCAAGUACCCAAAGGGAACAUCCUGUCCUUCUGUCACAGUCUUAG